AUGGCAGCUAGGAGUCGGCCCAAAUCGACAUUCCGGACGGUACGGGAUAAUGGACUCAACCUUGGGGCUUUCCAAGAGUCUUCGAAGCUUUAUGCAAGUAUAACGGACGCUAUAGAUUCUCAGCGUCUGCGUGUUUUUGAUUCGCAAGAGGGAUCGCUCAAAACCGAAUACGCUUUAGAAGGGAAUCAGCGUGUCAGUAGUAUUAGUUGGGAUCAAGCAGCUGAAUACGAUGUUGAGCCUAUAGAUGGUUCCAUAGGUGCCUCUGGUCAUGUCGUACUUCUUGGUACAGAAGAUGGCGAAAUUUUAGUUUAUUCAGACGCCCUCGGCACAGUUACGAAAUCAUAUAGUUUUGGACAAUUGGGUAAGAUCACCAAAGUUGCUCUUUUGAAUUCAUAUGGAUUUGCCAUCGACAGCCUUGGAAAGGUUGUUCAUUUCAACGUUAACAAUGGUUCUCCUAUUCAAACAAUGAAGAUUACCAGUUCUUCUCGAGAAUUCUCCGGUGUAUAUCCUUCCCCUCGCAUUCCAAAUGCUGCCAUUGUCACUUCACACAGCGUGCAUUUGUUGGCACUCCCAGAUUCGGAUCCCGUCGAUACCUUAACCACCCAUACAACGCCUGUUCGAUCUGUCGUUUAUUCUUCUGUUGCAACAUCAUCACAAGAUUUUAUUGUUUUUGCGACAGCUGCUGAACAGGACCGAUUUGUCAACCUAUUUAGCAAGCAAGUCUCCAAUGAGAAACUCGACGAUGUCCCUUCUAAGAAUAUAGGAGCACUUGUUUGUGAAAACGACGUACAAGAACUCACAGUGUGCGAGAAGACCGAGGAGGCUUCUGGGAAAAAGGGUAGUAUUCUAGCAGCACUUUCGGUAGACGGUACUAUUGAAUUGUUCGAUAAUCCCUGGGAGUCGAAACUUUCAUCUGGAUCUGGUGGAGUCGCGUCUCUAUCCCGCAAGCGUAAAUUAUUGACAAGCCAUUCCAACCUCAAGAUUCGUUUCUCUCGUUCUCGUGGCGGUGUUAUUAUUGCACUUGAAUCCAUUACUUUUGUUAAUGCAGGUACUAUAGUGGUUGCAUGGAAGGAGGGCACUCGCACUAUUUUCGAGAGUGUCCCUUGGAAGAUUUUGUCUUCACAAGCAACCGAUGGACUGUUAGAAUUGGUUCGUCCCAAAGCUCGAGAUGUCAAUAAAGUCGGAAAACCCGUCGUCACUUACGAUGAAGCAAAUGCUACUGUUACAACGGGUGUGAUGCAAAAGCAUGCUGCGAAUAUGGGAGAUCUUUCCGUUGAGGAAGAAGCGCAAGUCGAAGAACAGGAGCCUAGUCUUGCUGAACGCUUGCAGACGCUUACCAAGUUAGAUCAGCAAGCCCAAACUACUCCCACACAAGUUUCUGCUUCUACUUCGUUAGCAACUGUGCUAACUCAGGCAUUGCGAACAAACGAUCAAGCUCUCCUUGAAUCAUGUUUCAAUAAUCAAAGUUUGGAAGUCAUCGAGAACACUGUUCGCCGUUUAGACCCUGCAUUGGCUCCGGCCUUAUUAGAUAAAGUAGCUGAUCGUUUAGCCCGUCGCCCCUUAAGGGCAGACACAUUCCUGACUUGGAUUCGCUGCACUCUAAUUUUUCAUGGUGGUCACUUAAGCUUAAUCCGCGAUCUGAAAGAUCAGUUAGCUACUCUUCGUUCAGUAUUGGAAACCAGAGGUUCCAAGUACACAAGCAUGCUUGCGUUACAAGGAAGAUUAGAUAUGGUGUUUUCUCAGAUUGCUUUGCGAAAGGCUGGUGGCUCAAAGGAUAAUGCUGAGAACAAUGAGCCUAUUACUGUAUAUUACGAUGGCUUUGAAGAGGAUGAGGAUGAAGACAUGGAAGGAGAUGAAGACGACGAGGAUCUGGAUUCCGAUGAGGAGGACAUUUCAGAUGAUUCUUCCGAAAACGAAGACCAUGCAGCAGAUGGUGAAGUACAUUCAGACGAAGAUUAUGAUCAAGAAUUGCACGAGGAGGACGUUCAACAUGAUUCUUCAGAUGAAGAAAACUCUGAAUGA